AUGACAUCGCGCGAAGAUAGUGUCCUGGCCGCCAGAGACCCGUCUCUUGAUGACGAGAACGACUGGGAGGAGUUCAGCUUGUCCGAGGUCAGAAUCCUGCUCCCAGGUAAACUCCGCUAUGCAAACCUCCUCUCCGUCUCCCCGGACAAUCCGGUUCAGGUGACUGGCUGUCUGGAUGAAGUGGAGGAGGAGCAGGAACGCCUAGUUCUCGACGAAGACUACCGCACGAAACGCAUUGUGAUCGAAAAUGUGACUCACUACGCUUACGGCCAACAUAAUGAUGGAGAGGUCGGUAUCUGGGUCGCUGGCCGGGCUGGGUGGUUCUCCAUCUCGCCAGCGAGGGGCUUCCGACCUAUGUUUAGUGACAUGACAGAAGCUAUCGAUUUGCUCUACUUCCUGGCAGAUCGACAUCAGAGGAAGCGCAGGAAGCGAAAAGAUUGGAACCCCAGCGUGGAAUACCUGUGUGAGGAGGUGAGUGUCUUUGUUCCUGUUCCUACUCGCGGGUACGUCAGUCAUACCCACGGAAUAUGCGAAGAUGCAGACGAUUCAGCCGAGGUUUUCUACAAACAUCAUCAGUUUUUGCUUUCUCGGAUGUUAAAGGGCGAGGAAGGCGUGCAGUGGACCAAGACCAAUCUGUUUGAGCAUCUCUGCGAGAAAUUUCCUGAGGACUAUGAGCAGAUUAAGGCCCAAUAUGAACCAAAGCCAGAAGAAGAAUCCGUUACGGAAGAAAAGGACACCGAAGACAAGGCGGAAGAGCCAACACACUCUCCUGAUCCGACUGCGAUCUCGAAAAACCAAGCAGAAACCAUAUACCAAGUGAUUAACGAUCUAAAAGAGGCCGGAUACUUAGCUAAACGCCUGUUGAAUCUUGACCUCGUCGUUGACAACCUAGUGACCCGUUUCAAUAUUGAAACACCAGAAUAUGCACGUAACCUCAUUUCAGCAAGAGCCGGUAUUGUCAUUGAAUUGAUGGAUGAAGCAAAGACCUCCAACUUUGACUGGUCUCGCAAGGCCAUUUACCGGGAUAUCAAGGCAACCGCUGAGAAAAACGACAUGCAGCAGAUAGCACUCACACCCCUACGCCCUCGCUCAUCAGACAAGGAUGAUUCUUCUGAAGAAGAGAGCGAACACGAAGAGCAACGAAGACCCCGAAGGCGCCGUGUUCGCAAGUCCGUAUUACGUCCAAAACUGAGCUCCGUUUCCACAAAGCAAAUUGGCAAGCGAACUCGAAGCACUGCAGUCGAUCAAGAAGAUAUGUCGGAUGACCAAGAUAUGAUGAAUGAAUUUGAAACCCCCAGCAAGGUCCGCGGCCAUGAACUCGUUCGUGAUCCGCUAUCGACCAGAGCGAAACGGAGAACUCGGUCAAUUCUUUCCGAAUCAGUCUCUACACCUGUCCAAAAGACACCAUUGCGGGAAACUUUGCAGAGCAGAAACACUUCUGUGUCAGCUGCAGACCAGGAUGCACCCGACCUGGAUCCCUCUCAAGCUGGUGAUCCUGAAUCUAAUUCGUGGACCUGUCAAGUACGAGGGUGCGAACAAAUCAUCUACAACAGCACUUCCGAUGAAGGCAGGGAGAUGAUUGAAGAGCACAACAAAAUCCAUGAGCAUGACACCCAAGAAAAGAUUGAUCUAGUCUUUUCAGAGCAACAGCUCAAUAUCGGUCUUCCCGUUGAUAACCUACUCAGUCGUAUUCGGGAGUUUGGAAUGUUUGAUGCCGGACUUCCCAACGUUGGAAAUGGGGCCACUAAUGGUGUCCAAACAUGA